AUGGCUUCAGCGUCAACCCAGUGUCUUGGCGUUGACCAGAGAUUACUAUUGCUCGAGCUGAGAUACAGCCUUGUCUUCGACGCCUCCACGUCAUCCAAGCUAGUACGCUGGGACCAAAGUGCUAAUUCGUGGAGCGGCGUGACAUGUGAGGACGGCCUCGUGGUUGGUCUCGAUUUGAGCGAAGAGUCAAUCUCUGGCGGAAUCAAUGGUUCCUCGAGCCUCUUUAGGCUCAAGUUCCUUCGAAGCCUGAACUUGGCAUUCAACGACUUCAACUCCAUUGCGAUUCCAUCAGGCCUCGCUAAUCUCAGCCGCUUGGCACAUCUCAACUUGUCCAAUGCUGGAUUUGCUGGGCAGAUUCCUGUGGAGCUAUCGUGCCUAACGAAGUUACGUACUCUUGAUCUCAGUCUUGUUUACAACAUUCACAAGGGUUUGUUGACACUUGAGAAGCUCUCUUUGAGGUCGCUAAUUGAGGAUAUGGGGGAGUUAAGGGAGCUAUACCUUGAUCAGGUCAAUGUGUCUGCUAAGGGAAGUGAGUGGUGCGAUGCAUUGUCUUCUUCAGUGCCAAAACUUGAGGUGUUGAGCAUGUCAUAUUGUUCUUUGUUUGGUCCUAUAGACCCUUCCCUUUUGCGUCUUGCUAAUCUGUCGAUCAUUCGACUCGAUGGCAAUGACUUGUUCUCCACGGUUCCUAGUUUCUUAGCGAAUUUUUCUAGCUUGAAAACUCUGAGCCUAGGGGAAGUUGGUCUAUGGGGAGAAUUUCCUCAUGAAAUCUUCCAAAUACAAACACUUCAUACCCUUGACCUAUCAUCCAAUGAACUCCUUGAGGGUUCUUUGCCAGAAUUUCCUGAGAAUGGUUCUCUUCAGACAUUGAUUCUUAGUGACACGAAUAUUUCCAGGAAGUUUCCAGAUUCAAUUGGUAAUCUUAGAAAUCUGUCAAGAAUAGAACUGUUUUACUGGUCCAAUUCCAUCACUUAG